ACCCGAAUUUGCACAGCCUAAACCAAUUUACAAUACCGAAUAGAAUCGCAAACUUCAUUUUCUCUGCACUCCUCCGAGUCUCCCAGCGAGAGCGAUUCCCCUGCACUCGAGAGGGCUCUUCAAGACAUUCAAAUUCGUGGAUUCUGCUCAUCUCACAGAAUUUGAUAAUGGAAGACGAAGAAGGAGAUUCAAAGAAAAGUAGAAUGAAGGAAAUGGAAGGAAUAGCAUCUAUAGCACUUUUGGCAUGUGGGUCCGUCUCUGGUCACUUCAUCCGUCUUCCUCAUUCUACUUGCUAUGGCCUCCACGGCAUUGAACUUGCAUGUGAAAGAGAGUGCAGUAGAGGUGAUGACUAUCGUUUGAUCAAGCUCAAUAUUGUUGAUUUCGCCACUAAAAAAGAAGCGACUGUGGUUGUGGAAUGCAAAGGACAUGAUGCUGCAAGGUUUAAGAAUGCUGAAUAUGUACAUGGCUGGGGGAAAGAUAUCACUAAUGAAGUUGAACAGAAGCAAACAAAAAGCAAGAUCAUAGUCUCCUUCGAGUGUGAGGCACUCAAAGCUGAUAAGGCAGCAGAAGAUCACAUAAGGCAAUUUAUGCCGAAAUUGGCAGGCAUGGAUGCUGUCGUUAACACUGGAAAGAUGACCAUUACGGGUUUGGACUUCAAUGAAGAAGAUGAUUAUGAAACUGAGGAUGAACUGGAUCUUUGAUAUUACCGGACUUCGAAUGGAUUCUGCAUACGAGUAAUUCAGCAAGAACGUAGCUCUGUCUCUUAGAUUCAUGAUCAUAAUGCAAUGUAAAUAGUUGCUUGCCUUAUUUUCUUCAGUUUUUAGCUGCUAGUGCUACAAAUGUCAACUGACUGAAUAAUGGUAGUCUAAUUUAACUAUAUAUCCAGUGUUCUUGUUGGUUCCGCAUGUAUUUGCAUGAACAUACAUAACUAUUCGUGUGUAUGAAUGAGUUGACAUGUUUUUGACUUUUGCA